UAUUAAUACCCAAUCUUCCCAUCUUUUAAUCUCAUAUUUUCAAAGCUGUGAGCAUAAUAGCUAUAUACUCUCUUUCAAUUUUAUCCAUGGAAACCAAACCUCAUCAGCAGCUUCACAUUUUCUUCCUUCCAUUUAUGGGCCAAGGCCACACUUUACCCCUCAUAGACAUAGCAAAACUAUUUGCUUCACGUGGUGAAAAAUCAACCAUAAUAACCACCCCAGCCAAUGCACCACUCUUCACCAAAGCAAUCCAAACAAGUAGAAGUUCGGGUUUAGAAAUUGAACUUCUUCUCAUCAAAUUCCCAUCUGCUGAAGUUGGGUUGCCUGAAGGGAUUGAAAGUACUAACUGGGGUAGUAAAACCGCAGAGAUGGCAGAAAAGUUCUUCAAAGCUCUAACACUGCUUGAACAACAGGUAGAGCAGCUUUUAGACCAAUAUCAUCCUCAGUGUCUUGUUGCCAGCUCUUUGUUUCAUUGGGCUACGGACGUUGCUGCAAAGUUUGGGAUUCCAAGGCUCAUCUUUCAAGGACCUGGUUUUUUCUCCUUGCGUGCUGCAAUGAGUGUGACGCGGUACCAACCUCACAUGAAGGUUGCAUCUGAUUCAGAAUCUUUUGUUCUUCCUAAUCUCCCACAUGAGAUCAAGAUGACGAGAAACAAACUACCAUCUUUUGUUAAACAAAAUGGUGAGACAGAGCUCAUGAAGUUGCUUAGAGAAUGUAGAGAAACUGAAAAAAGGAGCUAUGGGAUUGUCAUUAAUAGCUUCUAUGAACUUGAACCAGAUUAUGCGGAUCACUAUAGAAAAGCGUUUGGGAGGAAGUCAUGGCAUAUCGGCCCAGUUUCAUUAUGCAACAAGGCAGAAAAAGAUAUAUCAGCUAGGGGAAGGGAAGGCUCAGUUGAUGAUGUACAUGAGUGCUUGCAAUGGCUCAAUUCCAAGAAACCCCGUUCGGUUGUUUAUGUAUGCUUUGGCAGCCUAAACAGUUUCAGUGACUGUCAGCUCUUAGAAAUUGCCUUGGGUCUUGAGGCUUCACAACAGCAAUUCAUUUGGGUUGUCAAGAAGGAAAAUAAUGAUGAAGAAGAGUGGUUGCCUGAAGGAUAUGAGCAGAGAAUGGAGGGAAGGGGACUUAUUGUAAGAGGCUGGGCUCCCCAACUACUUAUUCUUCAACAUGAAGCGGUUGGGGCGUUUCUUACUCACUGUGGGUGGAACUCAAUCCUUGAAGGAGUGACUGCCGGGGUGCCAAUGAUCACCUGGCCGGUGUUUGCAGAUCAGUUUUACAAUGAGAAGUUGGUAACUCAAAUACUUGGGAUUGCGGUUGCUGUGGGUUCUCAAAAGUCAGAGGAUGGUGGUGUAAAAAGUGAAGCCAGGGCCAGUGUGAAGAGGGAGGCUAUAAAGAUGGCUAUAACUGAAAUCAUGGAGGGUUAUGAAGCUGAUGGAAUGAGACGAAAAGCUUUUGCGCUUGGAGAGACGGCAAGGAGGGCAGUUGAGGAAGGUGGUUCAUCGUUUUCCGAUUUAACUUCUCUAAUUGAAGAGUUGAGGUCCCUUGGGUCUUGAAGAAGCACAAAUGGCAACAUUUUCUGCUCUAUGAAAAACCUCCAUCUAUUACAAAUCUAAAUUGUUAGCACACCUAAAUGUUUCGAUCGAACUCAUCGAAGAGAAGAGGUUUUUUCUCAUGAAUAUCAAACAUGCUUGGUAGUGCCAAUUUUAUUUCCACUGAAAGACAACAUGCAAGAAGUUAGUUUUAGCAGCAUAAUGCCAACUGAAUUAAGAAUCAGACCUAUAUUCCAACCUAUAUACCAAAAAUUUUAUGUUAAAUAUUCAUUCUUAUAAACACUAUACUUGUUUUUCAAAAGAUAUUUAGUUAGGAAGGAAUUGAGUUCCUCCUCUCUGCCAUUUUGAGAGUCGGCAAGACUCUGGUUUCUCCACACUCUGUGGUGCGUCUCCACCCUUUUGUGGUGAGUUUUCUUGAGCUUGAUCUCAGUUUUAGAUAUUUUUAUGUCUUUUUUUCUUUCUUUCUCUCCUUGUUCUAGCCCAAUUUUUCAUCAAAUUUCGAGAUCUACUAUUAAACCUCCCAUUCUCCUCCAUCUCAAACACCUCACCCUCUCAUCUUCAUCCGAAUUUUCUCUUUUUCCACCACUUCAUCUUCACACUCAACCCUUGGAGGCUCGAUAGGGACCUGUUCACUUAACUUCACACUUGAGGAUCGUUACAGUACUGGAAAACCACUGGAGAUUGUUGACAUCGCCGGACCAGUGGUGUUGUGAUGCAUGGUGGUCUCCACCUCCAUGACUACCUUUACUAAGUUCUUUGUUUUUUUCUUGUUGUUCUUCCUGUGCAUGGAAUUUCGGUGUGGAGGAUGAUGGUUGAGAGUUACUUGGUCUCUGGACGUCAAGCUUCUGUCGGGAUUCCUUUGGUCCCUGUACUACGAUGAUGGCAAGCCUCUGUGUUGCAGUGAAGAGUCUGGUGUUAGGUCUAGAUUUUUUUUAUAUUUUGAGCCUUUGGGUUUUGGUUUCAGUUUGGGUUUGGGUUUGUCUAUUGGGUCUUUGGGCCUAGGCCUCUUAUUUUCACUGUAUUAUCUUUGUAAUAUGUGUUUCAUCUAAUGAAAGUGUUAUUUGACCAAAAAGAAAAAAAAGA